GGUAGUCGCCGCCGUGUCCCCGUUCCUGUCCCCGUCUCGCUAGCAAAGGCUGUGCCAUGGCGGCCUUCAGCAAGUACCUGACCGUGCGAAACUCCUCGCUGGCGGGGGCCGCGUUCCUGCUGCUUUGCCUGCUCCACAAGCGGCGCCGCGCCCUCGGCCUGCACGGUAAGAAAAAUGGAAAACCACCAUUACGGAACAAUGAGAAAGAGGGGAAAAAAGAACGAGCUGUGGUGGACAAGGUGUUUUUUUCAAGGCUCACACGAAUUCUGAAAAUCAUGGUCCCUAGAACAUUUUGUAAAGAGACAGGUUACUUGAUACUUAUUGCUGUUAUGCUGGUGUCUCGAACAUAUUGUGAUGUUUGGAUGAUUCAGAACGGGACACUCAUUGAAAGUGGUAUCAUUGGUCGUAGCAGAAAAGAUUUCAAGAAAUACUUAUUCAACUUCAUCGCUGCCAUGCCUCUCAUUUCUCUGGUUAAUAACUUCUUGAAGUUUGGGUUAAAUGAGCUCAAACUGUGCUUCCGAGUAAGACUAACUAAGUACCUCUAUGAGGAGUAUCUCCAAACUUUCACGUAUUAUAAAAUGGGAAAUCUGGACAACAGAAUAGCUAAUCCAGACCAGCUGCUUACACAAGAUGUAGAAAAGUUUUGUAACAGUGUAGUUGAUCUGUAUUCAAAUCUUAGUAAGCCAUUUUUAGACAUAGUUUUGUAUAUCUUCAAGUUAACGAGUGCAAUAGGAGCUCAGGGCCCAGCAAGCAUGAUGGCCUACUUGCUUGUUUCUGGGCUAUUCCUAACUCGAAUUAGAAGACCCAUUGGUAAGAUGACAAUAACUGAGCAGAAGCUUGAAGGAGAGUAUAGAUACGUUAAUUCUCGGCUCAUCACAAACAGUGAAGAAAUUGCCUUUUACAAUGGAAAUAAAAGAGAGAAGCAGACAAUCCACUCAGUCUUCCGAAAACUGGUGGAGCACCUACAUAAUUUCAUUUUGUUUCGGUUUUCUAUGGGCUUCAUUGAUAGCAUAAUUGCCAAAUAUUUUGCCACUGUGGUUGGUUAUGUAGUUGUCAGUCGUCCUUUCCUAGAUUUGUCUCAUCCUCGACAUCUCAAAAGCUCACAUUCAGAACUUCUGGAGGAUUACUACCAAAGUGGAAGAAUGCUUUUGCGAAUGUCUCAAGCUCUGGGUCGAAUAGUUUUGGCUGGCCGUGAAAUGACAAGAUUGGCUGGCUUUACUGCUCGGAUUACAGAAUUAAUGCAAGUACUAAAGGAUUUAAAUCAGGGCAAAUAUGAACGCACCAUGGUCUCACAACAGGAAAAAGGAGCACAAGGCAUUCCCUUGAUACCUGGUGUUGGAGAAAUCAUCAAUGCAGAUAACAUUAUAAAAUUUGAUCAUGUUCCUUUAGCAACGCCAAAUGGAGAUAUCUUGAUUCGAGACCUUAAUUUUGAAGUUCGAUCUGGGGCAAACGUUCUAAUUUGUGGUCCAAAUGGCUGUGGAAAGAGUUCACUUUUCCGUGUUCUUGGUGAAUUAUGGCCUCUUUUUGGAGGACGUCUAACUAAACCCGAGAGAGGAAAGUUAUUUUACGUUCCCCAGAGACCUUAUAUGACCCUUGGAACACUUCGAGACCAAGUGAUAUAUCCAGAUGGAAGAGAAGAUCAGAGAAAGAAGGGGAUUUCUGACCUCGUACUGAAGGAAUACUUAGACAAUGUCCAGCUGGGUCAUAUCCUUGAACGUGAAGGAGGCUGGGACAGUGUUCAGGAUUGGAUGGAUGUACUCAGUGGUGGAGAAAAGCAAAGAAUGGCAAUGGCAAGAUUAUUUUAUCAUAAGCCCCAGUUUGCCAUUUUGGAUGAAUGCACAAGUGCAGUUAGUGUGGAUGUGGAAGACUACAUUUACAGUCAUUGUCGAAAGGUUGGCAUUACCCUCUUCACUGUGUCACAUAGAAAGUCUCUUUGGAAACACCAUGAGUACUACCUGCAUAUGGAUGGCAGAGGCAAUUAUGAAUUCAAACAGAUAACAGAAGAUACAGUUGAGUUUGGCUCUUAGAAUCCAGAGAACUGUAUUGAACCAGCUUCAAUGAAAUAAUUACACAAUACAAUUAGAAAUACAAAGUACAUUGUAAAAUAAAGUUGAGCUUGUUUUUUUAAACAAAACAACAAAUUAACUAGAUAUAAAAUAAUCACGAAUAAGUUGAAACAUUUAAUAUUAUAUAGGAUAUUGCUAAUUGUGUAUAUGUUGGUUUAAUUAUUAAUAUGUACUAAGAAUGUCCUUAUUCUUGUGGUUAAAAACCUGCCUAAAUUAAAUUGGGCUUAAAUCAGUGUAACCUGAUUCAUCCUGGGAUGUAAACCAUUUGAAGUCAGCUACUUUGACUUUUAUGGCUCUAUCUUUUCCUUCAAUGAAGAACCCUAUUUAAAACUAGGGUCAUCACUUGUCCUGUUCUAACAAGAUAGUCUUGAGUUUCAUUUUCUUGUGCCCCAUGAUAGUGGGAAACAAACAAAUCAUAGUGUAUUAUCAAAAUGUACAUCUUGGCAUAAUGGCCUUUAUUACCCUGUGGCAGAUAUCUUUAGCUGCCACAGUUAUACUCAUUCCUUGCUUAUGUCUUGGGGUACGUUUGAAUCCAGGAAAGCCAUUUGGAUUUUCUUUGGCUAAAUAAUAAGUGUGCCACUCGCAAUCUUCAUUAUUGAGUUGUUUUGAGGGUUAUUUGUGGUGAUGCAACAAAAGUAUAUGUGCAGUCUUGCUUACAGGGGAUGGUUACUGUGUUUCACACCUAAUCUUCUCAGUGAUGGGAUAUGAAAACACAAAGUCCUUACAUGUCAAGCUCAAGGUCUUACAAGAUUUUUAGAAUUUUUAAAGAAUUGGAUGGAUUUGUGUAUGUUAGGAGCCCAUUCAUUAGAAGUGUGGUGGUUACAUGGCGUUAAACUCCAGAUGAGCCAUAGGAAUGUACUACAUGAAGUAAAGCACUGAGUAUGCAAUGUUA